AUGCUUUUCAUCAUAGCAUUGCUCGCACACUUUGCAGCCGUUUUGGCAGCCACAGCGUCCAGUAACUGCAACCCUCUUUCAUCGUCAUGCUCACCAGUUACUGCCUUGGGCACCAGUCUCGUGGAGGAUUUUCACGAGGAAUCUGACAAUUUUGAUGUUGUUGCCAUCCCUUCAGGAGUCUCUUACACUGACGAUGGCUUGGAACUUACGCUUAAAAAGAAGGGUGACAAUCCAGGCAUCAGACUGACCUUCUACAUCAUGUUUGGCCGUGUGGAGGUUUUGAUGAAGGCUGCUCCAGGCAAGGGCAUUGUGCUGUCUUUCUUUUUAAUGUCUGACGAUUUGGACGAAAUCGAUAUCGAGUUGUUGGGCGGAGACGAUACCCAGGUCCAGUCCAACUACUUCUCCAAGGGAGACACCACCACAUACGACAGAGGCGAAUACCACCUGACCCCAGGCCUGCCUCACGAGAACUACUUCAACUACACCAUCGUCUGGACGGAAGACGAGAUUGUGUGGUAUGUGGAAGGUACCCCAGUGAGAACGCUUUCUAGCGACAACAGCCAGGGUUUCCCUCAGAGUCCGCUGUACAUCAAGGCCGGUAUUUGGGCUGGCGGUGAUCCUACCAACGAGGAAGGUACUAUCGAGUGGGCCGGCGGUUCGACCGACUACUCGAAGGCGCCUUUCACCAUGCACAUCAAGAAGUUGCUGGUGGACGAUUACUCCACCGGUGACAAGUACGAGUACACCGACCGCUCUGGCUCGUGGAAGUCGAUCAAGGCAGUAAACGGAGAGAUCAACGGAAGAGAAGGUGCUGAUGGCGACGACGACGGAAGCUCCUCCACUUCUGCCUCUUCGAGCUCCUCCACUUCACCCAGCUCCACCUCGAGCCUGUCUUCCGUUUCCACAACCUCCAGCUCUUCGACCGCGUCAUCGUCCUCCAAGGCUGUGGCUUCCAACUCUCCAACCACUUCUUCAAACCCAACAACCUCUGCUGGCUCAGAGUCCGCUGCGUCCACUUUGACGACAUCCACCACCUCCGCUGAAUCCGGUUCCGGCUCCGGCUCAGACUCCAACUCCAACACAUCCCUGUCUGAGUCUGCUGCUAGCCUGGAAUCUAGUGUUCCUACGGUGAGUUCUCACGACGGCAGCGCCGUUGCAUGUCUCUCGAGCUUGCUUGUCCUUGUUGCUGUGGCAUUGAACUUUUAG